GCGGCGUUAGCUAAGGGGGCCAGGCAGGAGCGGGGUAUGAAGAUGGCGGACGCCAAGCAGAAGCGGAACGAGCAGCUGAAGCGCUGGAUCGGCUCUGAGACUGACCGGGAGCCGCCUGUGGUCAAGCGCAAAAAGACCAAGGUGAAGUUCGACGACGGCGCCGUCUUCCUGGCCGCCUGCUCCAGCGGGGACACCGAGGAGGUGCUGCGGCUGCUGGAGCGGGGCGCCGAUAUCAACUACGCCAAUGUGGACGGGCUCACCGCACUCCACCAGGCUUGUAUAGAUGAUAACGUAGAUAUGGUGAAAUUUCUGGUGGAAAAUGGAGCAAAUAUUAAUCAACCAGAUAAUGAAGGCUGGAUACCUCUACAUGCAGCUGCUUCCUGUGGAUAUCUUGAUAUAGCAGAGUAUUUAAUUAGUCAAGGAGCACAUGUAGGGGCUGUAAAUAGUGAAGGAGACACUCCAUUACAUAUUGCUGAAGAGGAGGCAAUGGAAGAGCUGCUUCAGAAUGAAGUAAAUAGACAAGGGGUUGAUAUAGAGGCAGCUCGAAAAGAAGAAGAACGAAUAAUGCUAAGAGAUGCGAGACAGUGGCUCAACAGCGGUCAUAUCAAUGAUGUCAGGCACGCAAAGUCUGGUGGUACAGCGCUUCAUGUAGCUGCUGCUAAGGGCUAUACAGAAGUCUUAAAGCUUUUAAUUCAGGCUCGCUACGAUGUAAAUAUUAAAGAUUAUGAUGGCUGGACACCUCUCCAUGCUGCUGCUCACUGGGGUAAAGAAGAAGCAUGUCGCAUUUUAGUGGAAAACCUCUGUGAUAUGGAGGCUGUCAACAAAGUGGGGCAGACAGCGUUUGAUGUGGCAGAUGAAGACAUCCUAGGAUAUUUAGAAGAAUUACAAAAGAAGCAGAAUCUGCUUCAUAGUGAAAAACGAGAAAAGAAAUCUCCCCUAAUUGAAUCCACAGCCAACAUGGAUAAUAAUCAGACACAGAAGACAUUCAAAAAUAAGGAGACGUUGAUUAUGGAGCAAGAAAAGAUCACAUCUAGUACAGAGUCCCUGGAGCAAGAAAAAGCAGAUGAGGAGGAAGAGGGAAAGAAGGAUGAAUCCAGUUGUUCUAGUGAAGAGGAAGAGGAUGAUGACUCAGAAUCUGAAGCAGAGACAGAUAAGACCAAAACCUUGGCAGCUGUAACUAAUAACUCAAACACCACAAGUACACAAUCAGCAUCGGUAGCAGUGACAGCGCCUUCGGUAGCUGGUGGGCAAGGGGCACCUACAUCCCCUGUUAAGAAGUUUCCAACAUCGACAACCAAGGUUUCUCCUAAGGAAGAAGAGAGGAAAGAUGAAUCUCCUGCGACGUGGAGGUCAGGUCUUAGAAAAACUGGUAGUUACGGAGCGCUUGCAGAAAUUACUGCUUCCAAAGAAGCCCAGAAAGAAAAGGACUCUGCAGGUGUUAUCCGUUCUGCUUCAAGUCCUAGACUUUCUUCUUCAUUGGACAACAAAGAAAAGGAGAAAGAUGGAAAAGGAACUCGACUAGCAUAUGUUGCACCUACAAUACCAAGACGACUGGCCAGUACCUCUGACAUUGAUGAAAAAGAAAACAGGGACUUAUCUGCUAGCUCAAUACGUAGUGGCAGUUCCUACACCAGGAGAAAAUGGGAGGAUGAUGCCAAGAAGAACAGUCUGAAUGAAGGUCCUACAUCUUUAAACACAAGUUAUCAAAGAAGUGGCUCCUUCGGUAGAAGACAAGAUGAUUUGAUUAGUUCUAAUGUUCCAAGUACUGCAUCAACAGUUACCUCUUCUGCUGGUCUUCAGAAAACACUGCCUGCCAGCACCAACACUACUACAAAGAGUACAACGGGUUCUACGUCAGCAGGUGUACAAAGCAGUACCUCAAAUCGUUUGUGGGCUGAGGAUAGUACUGAGAAAGAGAAGGACAGUGGUUCUACAGCAGUCACCGUUCCUGUUGCACCAUCUGUUGUAAAUGCUGCAGCCACUACCACAGCCAUGACUACAGCUACUUCUGGCACUGUGUCCUCAACAUCAGAGGUCAGGGAGAGACGGAGAUCAUACCUCACUCCAGUACGGGAUGAAGAGUCAGAAUCCCAAAGAAAAGCUAGAUCUAGGCAAGCAAGACAGUCUAGAAGAUCUACACAGGGUGUAACACUGACAGAUCUUCAGGAAGCUGAAAAAACUAUGGGAAGAAGUCGUCCCACACGAACUAGAGAGCAGGAAAAUGAAGAAAAAGAAAAAGAAGAGAAAGAAAAGCAAGACAAAGAAAAACAAGAAGAAAAGAAAGAAUCUGAAACUAAAGAUGAUGAUUAUAGACAAAGAUAUUCCCGAACUGUUGAAGAGCCUUACCAUCGCUAUAGACCAACCUCAACUUCCUCAUCGUCCACCUCUUCGCUCUCCACCUCCACUAGCUCUCUUUCAACUUCAAGUCAGCUGAACAGACCAAACAGCCUCAUAGGUAUAACAUCUGCCUACUCUCGGAGUGGAACAAAGGAAAGUGAGAGAGAAGGGGGCAAAAGAGAGGAAGAAAAGGAAGAAGAUAAGUCACAGCCCAAGUCUAUAAGGGAAAGGAGGAGGCCAAGAGAAAAACGGCGAUCUACAGGAGUUUCUUUUUGGACUCAAGAUAGCGAUGAAAAUGAGCAGGAGCAUCAGUCUGAUUCAGAAGAAGGAACAAAUAAAAAAGAAACUCAGAGUGAUAGCCUUUCAAGAUACGACACAGGAUCCCUCAGCAUGUCUUCAGGCGAACGUUUCGAUUCAGCGCAGGGGCAGUCGCACUGCAGUAGGCUAGAAAAAGAAGAUAGCACUGAUUUUAAGAAGCUUUAUGAACAGAUUCUAGCUGAAAAUGAAAAACUCAAAGCACAAUUACAUGAUACCAACAUGGAACUUACAGAUCUUAAGCUACAGUUGGAGAAGACCACUCAGAGACAAGAAAGAUUUGCUGACAGAUCGCUCUUGGAAAUGGAGAAAAGGGAAAAAAGAGCUCUAGAAAGAAGGAUAUCUGAAAUGGAAGAGGAACUGAAAAUGCUACCAGACCUGAAGGCAGACAACCAGAGGCUAAAAGAUGAGAACGGGGCCUUGAUCAGAGUGAUCAGCAAACUUUCCAAAUAAAGGGUUUACUCCAGCAGCAAACAAUGGCAUUGCACAUCACCAGUAACUCCGGUGGACCAUCCUAUGGCAGUCGCUGGAAGUGUGGGAAGAGAUCCCUUGGAGACUGUCAUUUUCAGAUAUCCUGCCAAACACCCUCUUAACCUGUGUGUGGUUUUCUUUGUAUCAAGAUCAUUGUUUCUGUUAAAACGCAGCUGCUGAGAAGAUAAAGUGACUGAGAAAUCUUGUUUACAGCUACAGCAUAAUAAGGAAAGUGUUCAAGGCCAGAUAUGCCUCAGAUAUUUAACCAGUAAGCCUUAGUUGUACAUAAACACUUUGACAUCAACAAAAGCUUUCAGCUCUCACAGAAGACAGUUACUCAAUAACCUUUUUGUUGUGCCACAAUUCCCAGGUUGGUUUGUUUUUCUUUUUGGUUGGUUUAUUUUUUUUUCCCUAUACUCAGUUUCUCUUUAAACCUUUUAAGU